AGACCAAAGGCGAAGUCCCACUUGCGGGGAAACACACUGCACUCUUCUUCCACAACUUCAUUCUCAUUUCCUUCAUCCUUCCUGCACGCUCUCAUUCUAAAUAUGCCUGAGAGCAAGAUCCCUCAGCCGGGUCCUGCCAAACUCAAGCGCAAUGCGGGCCCCGACGAAUGGCUGGAGGCCGCCAAAGAUUGCAAGUAUCUUUCGGAGCCACACAUGAAACAGCUUUGUGAGAUUGUAAAGGAAUAUAUGAUGGAAGAUGGCACCGAGCUCGACUCUCCCAAAACCUCUCCCUCUGUUAUCACAUCCGCCGAUAUCGAACCCCCUUCCAGCAUUUCAGACCCCAAAAUUCGCAAGAAGCUCGGUGGCCCGAAUACGAACCCAAAUGAUGAAGAUGAGGAUGCAGAGUCAGGCACAAGGAGUCGUUCGGCGAGUGGUACCUCUGCGGACCUUCAGAUCAACCGCAACUUUGUGUUCCUCGGCGAUUACGUGGAUCGUGGAUACUUCAGUUUGGAGACAUUAACUUUGUUGCUCUGUCUCAAGGCAAAAUACCCCGACCGAGUUACAUUGGUCCGUGGCAACCACGAGUCACGACAAAUUACCCAAGUUUACGGAUUCUACGAGGAAUGUUUCCAAAAAUACGGCAGCGCUUCAGUGUGGAAGGCAUGCUGUCAGGUGUUUGACUUCAUGACACUGGGGGCUAUCAUCGACGGAAAGGUGCUCUGUGUCCACGGUGGUCUGAGCCCCGAGAUCCGCACACUGGAUCAAGUCCGCGUGGUAGCCCGUGCACAGGAGAUCCCCCACGAGGGCGCCUUCUGUGAUCUGGUCUGGUCUGACCCCGAUGAUGUCGAGACAUGGGCAGUCAGUCCCCGAGGAGCAGGAUGGCUUUUCGGAGACCGAGUAGCCGAUGAGUUCUGCCAUGUCAACGACCUUUCCUUGAUUGCUCGUGCACAUCAACUGGUUAACGAAGGAUACAAAUAUCACUUCAACAACCAAAAUGUGGUGACGGUCUGGAGUGCGCCCAACUACUGUUACCGCUGCGGUAACCUGGCGUCGGUGUGUGAGAUCGGCGAAGACCUCAACCCUACCUUCAAGCUGUUUAGUGCAGUUAGUGACGACCAGCGGCACGUUCCAACCUCGCGACCGGGCCGGAGCGAGUACUUCUUGUAA